CACGCGCGCACCUCUGAGCUCCUGGUCUGCGCGCGGAGCGGAGAGGCAGCAGAGGAUGAGGAGAGGAUGAGCUGAAGACACGCUGGGAGGACAACAACUUCUCUAGGACAGCAUCAUGCUGAGUCUACUGCGCCCCCUGCUGGCCGCCCUCCUGUACCUGCUGCUGCUGCUGCUGCCCGGCGGGGAGAGCAGGUUCCCCGUUUACAACAACGGCUUCCACUACCAGGACAUCAGCAACGGCAACGGCAACGGAGAGAUUUAUUUCAACGGCGUUCGUCUCCACGUGGAAUCCCCGCAGCAUGCCGUGUCAGCCACCAGGGGGAGUAGCGUCAUCCUCCCCUGUCACUUCCACUACGAGCCUGAGCUGACCAAGCCGCGCAGGACACGGGUCAAAUGGUCCUGGUUACCCGCCAACUCCAUUAACGAGCCCGUUCCCCUGUUAGCGUCCGGCAGGGAAACCGAGGUGAUGGUGGCGAUGGGGAACCGGCAUCGCAGCUACGGCGGCUUCAGGGGUCGGGUGCGCCUGCGACGCUCGGUGCCGGGUGACUUGUCUCUGGUGAUCAACGAGCUGCAGCUCAACGACACGGGCAGAUACCGCUGUGAGGUGAUCGACGGCCUGGAGGACGAGAGUGUGACGGUGGAGCUGGAGCUGCGAGGCGUGGUGUUCCCCUACCACUCCCAGAGAGGACGUUACAAUUUUAACUUCUUUGGUGCCCAUCAAGCGUGCCAGGAUCAGGACGCCACCCUGGCAACCUUUGAGCAGCUCUUCACAGCAUGGGAGGAGGGGCUGGACUGGUGUAAUGCCGGCUGGUUGGCUGACGGCACGGUGCAGUAUCCAAUCACUGUCCCACGUGAAGGCUGUGGGGGGGUUGACUUGGCACCUGGUUUGCGCAGCUACGGACAACGACAUCGCUUCGUCAACCAAUACGAUGCUUUCUGCUUCUCGGCGUCUGUUAAAGGUACCGUGUACUUCCUAAACCAUCCGGCUAAGCUCAACUUCACUGAGGCGGUCCAGGCUUGUGUUGGUGAUGGGAGUCAGAUCGCCAAAGUGGGUCAGCUGUACGCCGCCUGGAGGCUGAUGGGAUUGGACCGCUGCGAUGCCGGCUGGUUGGCCGAUGGGAGUGUCCGUUAUCCAAUCACAAAGGCCCGAGCCAACUGUGGCCCACCUGAGCCAGGGGUGCGUAGUUUUGGGUUCCCGCCUGCGUACCUGAAAUUCGGCGUCUACUGUUAUCUGUAGAUCUCUCUUUUUUUUUAUCGACACGGAAGAAAACAAACAAUUUAGAAAGCUCACUGGUUCAUAAUCUGCUGGAGAGGUUAGCUUUAGCUCCGGAGCUACUUUAAAGGUUUUCUCCUCCUCAAGAAGACUUUACCUGACGUCUGACCUGUAAACUCCGUACACCAUCCAUGUGAUGCCACUCGCUCUCCUCCACUCUCCUGGCCGGGAGUAAGUGGACAUGUGGACUCCUCUCAUUCGACACCCACGGGCAUUAACAUGCUGCUAUAACACUCUCCACUCUUCUUAAAGGUUUCUGAAUCAGUCUGGAGUUUCCUCUCAGAACUAGUGAGUACAGUCAGUGCCUUGCUAAAGGGCACCUUAGCUUCAGGUGAAUGUUUAAUCUGUCCUCUAACUGUAGUUCAUUUCCUCCACUCACUUCAUCUGUCUCUCUGAUACUGUGAAAUAUUCUGUUCGUCCGUUCACUGAAACAUGUUUUUAUUCACUUUUAUAAAAUGUAAUGCAUCUCUCUUCACUUUAAUGCAUAAAGGAUGGGAGUGAAGUUAAGAGUCUCUGUAUCGUAGUUAUAUUCAAACUUUCUUUUUCACAUCCAUCAAGGAAAAGAAAAAUCACUCCUCUCUUAUAUUUACUCUUUGUGUUUUCAUUAUGCACUGUAUGUCUUUGCAUUUGUACCUUUUUCUAUAAAUU